AUGAAGAACCACACAGAGUUCACUGAGUUUAUUUUGCUGGGAAUCCCUCACACAGAGGGUCUGGAGACACUCUUUGUCAUCUUCUUCUUCAUCUACCUCUUUACCCUGGUAGGGAACUCACUCAUUCUGGUGGCCAUCUUAUCCUCCUCUCGCCUUCACACCCCCAUGUAUUUUUUCUUGGGACUUUUAUCGAUUUUUGACAUAUUUUUCCCCUCAGUGACCUCUCCAAAAAUGCUACUGUACCUCUCAGGGCAAAGUCAAGCUAUCUCUUAUAGGGGCUGUGCCUCCCAGCUCUUCUUCUACCAUUUCUUGGGGUGUACUGAAGGUGUUCUUUAUUCUGUAAUGGCUUAUGAUCGUUUUGUUGCCAUUUGUCACCCAUUGAGAUAUACAGUCAUUAUGAACCCCAGACUUUGUGUGGUCCUGGUUAUGGGUGCCUGGGUGGUGGGCUGCACUGAUGCCACCAUCUUAACUACAUUCACUUUUUCAUUACCCUAUUGUGGCCCAAAUGAAGUGGGCUAUUACUUCUGUGACAUUCCUGCUGUCUUACCCCUUGCCUGUGCUAACAGUUCCCUCGCCCAGAAGGUAGGUUUCACUAAUGUUGGUCUUCUGGCUUUAACACUAUUUUUCGCUAUUCUUGUUUCCUAUACUCGCAUUGGAAUGGCCAUUUUGAGAAUUCAUUCGACUGAAGGCAGGCGCAAGGCCUUCUCCACCUGCAGUGCCCACCUUACUGCAAUCCUGUGUGCCUACGGACCAGUUAUCAUUAUCUAUCUACAGUCUACACCCAACCCCUUGCUUGGUGCUGUGGUUCAAAUAUUGAAUAACCUUGUCUCCCCUAUGCUGAAUUCUUUAAUCUAUUCUUUGAGGAAUAAGGAAGUAAAGAGAGCCCUGAAAAAUGUGUUAUACAGGUCAGGAAUCAUUGUGGAGGUGUAA